AUGGUCCUCGUUUAUUAUUCUGCGGCGAUGAAAGCACAGCUCGUUUCUAUAUUGUUGAAGACUUGCGGGUUUCCCCUUUUGGCGCCGCGUGUUGGUGCAGGCGAGCAAUGGGAAGAAAAAGGAGGAGGAAUGGACGGAAGGAAGGAUGACACCAACCGUGGAUGGAUGCCGCAGAGUGAGGAGACAAGCAAAGUUGCGUGUGGAGAGAUAGAUGGACCGAAUUCCUUGACACCAUCACCGCCGACAAUCCCGGAAUGGGUCAAAUUUUGCAAGAACUUAAUUGUUCGGCGGGUUUGCUUCAUCACUGUGGAUCGGCGCUAUAUCUUGUGUUUUAUUGUGGCCUACUCGAUUCAGGCCAGUACUUUCGAGGAGCCUCCAUCAGAUGACAACUUGUACUUGGGAGUUGUUUUGGCUGCUGUGGUCGUCGUCACGGGUGUCUUCUCAUACUACCAGGAAGCUAAAAGUUCGAAAAUCAUAAACUCUUUCAAAAACAUGGUCCCGCAGUAUGCUUUGGUAUGCCGUGAUGGCCAGAAGCAGACUGUGCGUGCGGAGGAGUUGGUCGUCGGUGAUGUGGUUGAUGUGAAAAUUGGCGACAGGAUUUCUUGCAGAUUUGAGAUUGACAACUCUUCAUUGACUGGCGAAUCUGAGCCGCAGUCGAGGUCUCCUGAUUUCACCAACGAGAAUCCCUUGGAGACUAUAUAG